AUGACAGCCGGGACAGUGGUCAUCACUGGUGGAAUUCUAGCUACCGUUAUCUUACUCCUUAUCAUCGCAGUACUGUGCUACUGUAGGCUGCAGUAUUAUUGCUGCAAGAAGGAAGAGUCGGAGUCGGAGGAGGAGGAGCCAGACUUUGCCGUAACGUCGCGUCUGCCACCGGUCCACUCUAAUCACAACAUUGUGGCGGCGACGGCCGCCGCCUCCUCCAUCCAGAAUGGCCCCGCCCUUUUCUCCACCCCUCCACUGGCCAGGAAACUAACACGCUCACAGACCUUCUGUCCAUCCUGUACGCACUAUGACCUGCCUUUCUACCUCCAGCCCCCCCCUCAGCCUCAGAUCCACCAUCAACCAGAUGGGUUGAGGAACGGAGGUGACCGGAUCAGCUACCGCAGCGUCCAGCAGCAGGAACUGGACCUGCCAGUGCCUGUGAACAUUACAAACUACCGUAAACCAAACCUUGCCCGGUCCGUCACCAUGAGGGACAUGUUCACCCGCAGCUGUAGCAUCAGCACUGAUGUUUAG